CCCAGCGCUGAUGUAGGACUCACGAGAGUGACUCUAAUUGAUUCCCGUCUCAGUUCAUGUCAAAGUUUGGUCUAAAGAUUAGGCUGACAAGUUUCCGUUGAAGUAUUUGAACACACUUUAACCUUCCGACAUCGCUGCGAGUCCGGCAUUUUGCCGCCUUAUUAUUCGCAUGUAAAUUCAUCCCGUGAUUUUGCGCUUGUUUCGCGAGCUGGUUUUGGGGUGUCGCCGGUCUUGGUAUUUCGCGGCUCUCACACUGUUGGCGUUAUCUGUCAUCAAGUCAUACAGAUUUUACUAUCCAGGCAUCGACGAAAAUCUGGGAAAGUUCUUUCAACCGGUUACAUCGCCACGGGAAAGUGGGGUUCUGCAGCGCGCGGUAGAGUUCAUUCAAAACAACACUCCGCAAGACAGAACACGUGUGAUAUUAACUCAGAAUCACUCGCACAAAAUGAGGUCGCCCAUUGAAGUAGUCACCGUACAAGUAAUCUUUAUCUUUAUCAUGCCAUAUGCCAAGGUCAUAACAUCUGAUGAAAUAAUUUCCAGUGACGAAAUCCCCAAGGGGGAGGUAGACUUUGUAUCAGAGUGGUCUCCUUGGAGCCCUUGUUCUCGCACAUGUGGGACGGGGAUAUCAUUCCGUGGGAGACGAUGUAACAGGGACCGAAGUCCAUGCACACAGUACCCACGCCAACAUCGCACGUGUAACAACGAGCCAUGUCCAAUAGGAGCCUCGAGUUUCCGUGAUCAGCAGUGCUCGAAAAAUGACGCUUAUCAACUAAAGUUCAACGGCACAGAUGCCAAGUGGAAGUCACUACGAAGAGGUUCCACUAGGUGCCUACUGUACUGUUACCCUGUUGGUCAGCGGGUUACUUAUUACUUUGGCCGAGCGAGAGAUGGGACCAAAUGUUCAGAUUUCCCUCAUAGCGUCUGUGUAUUCGGAAAAUGCACGCCGGUUGGAUGCGAUCGUAAACUUGGUACAGACCGGAAGUUCGAUCAGUGCCAGGUUUGUGGAGGAGAUGGCUCCUCGUGUGAACCCUUCGCGUCUUCAAUCAACCGAGACGUCACCGCGGAGGAGAACAAGACAGGUUACUCGGAGCUCUUCACGAUACCCAAGCGUGCCACCACGGUUCUUAUAAGCGAGGGAACAGCGAGCUUUAUAGCCAUAAAGAGUCGUUCGGGGGAGUGGCUGAUGAAUGGUGAUCACGUGGUUACCAAGCCGGGGAGUCAGCGAACCGACGGAGUAGAUGUCCGCUAUACCCGUCUUCCUGACAACAAAACAGAGGCUGUGAUGAUUCUCGGUCCGACUACACAGGAGCUUUACGUCAUGGGUUUGAUUGUGAAUAGCACAUCACCAAAAGUAGAGUACGAAUACUGGCUUCCGAAGGACAGACCGCCGACUACGAUAGCACCUAUAACAGAACCGGUUGAGCCAGUCACUGAAGAUUUAAAACCUGUCACAGAACCGGUUGAGCCAGUCACUGAAGAUUUAAAACCUGUCACAGAACCGGAUGAGCCAGUCACUGAAGAUGUAAAACCUGUCACAGAACCGAUUGAGCCAGUCACUGAAGAUUUAAAACCUGUCACAGAACCGGUUGAACCAGUUACUGAAGAACUAGUCACUGAAAUUGCAGGGCCUUUCACUAAACCGAUAAGUCUAGCCACUGAGUUUUUGAAACCUUCAACUGAACUUUUUGGACAGCUUACUGAAAGUGUUAAGCCAUUUACGUCAGGUGUUCGAGUCACAAAAGCUGUGAAUUGGGAAGAUGCUGGUCCAAUUACACAACGCGUACAAUAUACUGGCAAGACCACGGGAAUACUUCAAUCAGUUACAACUAGUCAACCUAAAUACAAUGUUAAUUCUUCCAUCGCUCUUGUAACUAGAUCCACUUUUCUUUCUUUAAAGUCAAUAUCUGCGGAGCACAGUAUUGCUUCUCAGUCAGCACAGGUUACUGCAACGAGAAAAACGCCAUCAAUAACUACUAAAGCACAUAGUAUUGCUACUCCAACUGUUUUGGUAUCUUCGCCGGAGACGGUGCGCCCUGAGGUAAUGAAGACGUCAGCUUUCUACUCGAAUGAAAGCCGCGUUCUUCCAUCAAUUACAGCAUUACCAAGUUUUAAAGGAUCUGCUAAAAGUAGAACUGAGAAACGCCGUAAUAGCUCUAAAGUGUUGCCAAGUUUAGUAUUGUAUUCCUUAUCUACGUCGAAUGUAUCAGUAGAUAGGUCUUUGUCACAAGCUGUAACACCAACAUCUCGACUGCUGAGGACAGUGACGAAUAUCCCAAGUGAUGGACAAAGCAAAAUUGGGGAAACGUCCACGUCUUACGUAUCUUCAUUGACGUCUGAGGUCGAUUCCAGUGAUCACACUAUUAAAGUCAGCUCCUCUAAAACAGAGGACAAAGGUUAUUCAGUUAGAACAGUGGGGACUACUCUCCCCAUAGUAAAAUCCGGUGCCACUUUAAGUACGCCGUCUAAUUAUGAAUCUGUGACUGCGUCACAAAAGGUCUUAUAUACAAUGUCGGCAGUGAGAUCCAAGUCGUCUGAGUCUGGUGGAAAAACAAAACAGACUCCGAGCUCUGUUAACGCAUCCACAAGUAUUAGUACUGGAAGUAAAUUAGGAAUGGCUUCUGUACAAGGCAAACAAUCUACUUCACUGCCCAUGUUACCUUCAGUAUCAACGUUAACCUUUGGGGAUAGUGUCACAGAAACAGCAUCGAGUAGACUGCCUACAAAGCUAGGCGUCGUUGCAUCUAGAGCAGAAGCUUCCACUAAAGAGAUAAAACAGCAAAGAUCUUCAAUCGUUACGUCCAUAUCGCCGACUAGGACAACUGAAAAACUUGAAACAAUGCCGUCGUCAACAAAAGGAACACAGGGAUUGCUCCAUACGACUGAGCUUCCAACUUCAAAGGCUGAAUCAGGCACAGCCGCCACUAGUACAGACGAGAGGACAACAACUUUAAAACCAGUUUUUCCCACCACUGAGUUCAUGCCUUGGGGAGCAUGGACGGCCUGCUCGACCUCUUGCGGAGGCGGCUUCCGAGUUCGCGCAAGAACCUGCCUUCGUAGACCUGAUGGACUGUGCCUUAGCGACGAAACACAAGUCAAACCAUGUAACACUCUUCCAUGCCGCCUUGUCGACAAGACUUGGAGCACGUGGGGACCCUGGGCAGGAUGUACAGUAAGCUGUGGGGGAGGGGCACGAGUGAGGUUCAGGAUUUGUCAGAGUGCAACCAAGACUCGUGUUCGCUCAGGCUGUCCUGGACGGAGCUACGAAGUUAGGUCUUGCAAUACUGAUAUAUGCGCUUCGAGAAGCCGUGUAGAGCCAUCAUCAUCUAAGAAACAAACACUUUUAUCAUCAUCUAUGUCGUCUUCGUUGCGGACAUCAUCAUCACCACCACAACCAUCAUCAUCAUCAUCAUCAUCAGCAGCAGCAGCAUCAUUAAGAACUUUUACAGUAUCGCCAUUGUUAUUCUCAUCACCAUCAUCGUCGUCAUUAUCAGCAAAAGUGUCAGUGAUGCAAUCUUCUUCACCAGUAACGGUUGCUCCAUCAAUGAGGACCUCAUCAACACCACUGCUCUCUUCGUCUAACAUUCAAAAAUUUACUACUGAAACAAUCUCAAAUAACAGAAAGACCUUAAACCUCAUUUUAACAUCGACACCAUCAUUGACAUCAACUGUUAUUUUAUCCGUGUUGCACUCGUAUGCAAGCGUACAUUCCAGCCAAAGUCAGAUCUACGUCUCACCUUCAAGUCAGUAUAUCGAAAUAUCUAGUGCAAAGAUAAACGAGCUAACAUCAACAAAGAGACAAGUCACUACGAGAAUGGAAACAGUCACCAAAGAAGCAACGGCCACCAUAGACCCAAGCACUACUCCCAAAGAAGACGCCACAUAUGUAGCUAUAGCUAAAAAUACUAAUGCUACUAAUAACCCUACCACCGAGAAUACAACUAUCACUACUUCCGAGCCUACAACCAUGGAAGCCAUUACUACUACCAAACCUUUAACAGAGGACAACUCUUCCACCACAACCAUACCAAUUACCACUGAAACAACAAACACAGUCAUGCUAACCACCAAGAAAGCAACUAUCACAGCUAAACCUACCGCAACUGAAGCAAUUAUUACACCCGGACCGACCACCACAGGAGCAGUCACCCCCACUCAAGUUACGAUCACGGCAGUAAAAAACACAGUCAAACCAAUCCCCAUGGAAGCUACUACAGCCGGACCAACGACCACCGAAGCAAUUAUUACAGACAAGCCUACCACCACGGAAGCAACUGCUAUAUCCAUACCAACCCCUUUUGACGCAACUACUACAGGCAAACUAACCACCACGGAAGAAACUACCACUACCCAACCUUCUACCUCGGAGGCAACUACUGCAUCAAUAACACCCACCACUGAAGUCAAUAUUACACUCAAUCCUACCACCACGGAAGAAACUGCUACAGUCAAGCCUACCACCAAGCAAGCAACUACCAAUGCCGACCCUACCACCAAUGAAGCAACUACUUCAGCUAAACCUACCACCACGGAAGCAACUACUACAACUACAGCUACACCUACCACGACAGAAACAACUACUACAACUAAACCUACCACAACGGAAGCAACUUCUACAGCCAAACCUACCACCACGGAAGCAACUACUACAGCCAAACCUACCACCACGGAAGCAACUACUACAGCCAAAUCUACCACCAAUGAAGCAACUACUUCAGCUAAACCUACCACCACGGAAGCAGCUACUACGGCUACACCUACCACGACAGAAACAACUACUACAACUAAACCUACCACAACGGAAGCAACUUCUACAGCCAAACCUACCACCACGGAAGCAACUACUACAGCUAAACCUACCACCACGGAAGCAACUUCUACAGCCAAACCUACCACCACGGAAGCAACUUCUACAGCCAAACCUACCACCACGGAAGCAACUUCUACAGCCAAACCUACAACCAUGGAAGCAACUACUACAGCUAAGCCUACCACCACGGAAGCAACUACUACAGUUAAACCUACAACCAUGGAAGCAACUACUACAGCUAAACCUACCACCAUGGAAGCAACUUCUACAACCAAACCUACAACCAUGGAAGCAACUACUACAGCUAAACCUACCACCAUGGAAGCAACUUCUACAACCAAACCUACCACCACGGAAGCAACUAGUACAGUUAAACCUACCACCACUAAAGCAACUACUUCAGCUAAACCGACAACCACAGAAGCAACUACUACAGCUAAACCUACUACGACAGAAACAACUACUACAACUAAACCUACCACUGCGGAAGCGACUACUACAGCUAAACCUACCACCACGGAAGCAACUACUACAACUAAACCUACCAAUGCGGAAUCAACUACUACAGCUAAACCUACCACCAUGGAAGCAACUACUACAGCUAAGCCAACCACCACGGAAGCAACUACUACAGCCAAACCUACCACCACGGAAGCAACUUCUACAGCCAAACCUACCACCACGGAAGCAACUUCUACAGCCAAACCUACCACCACGGAAGCAACUACUACAGCUAAACCUACCACCACGGAAGCAACUUCUACAGCCAAACCUACCACCACGGAAGCAACUUCUACAGCCAAACCUACCACCACGGAAGCAACUUCUACAGCCAAAUCUACCACCACGGAAGCAACUACUACAGCUAAACCUACCACCACGGAAGCAACUUCUACAGCCAAACCUACCACCACGGAAGCAACUUCUACAGCCAAACCUACCACCACGGAAGCAACUACUAAAGCUAAACCUACCACCACGGACGAAAAUACUACAACCAAACCGGCAACCACGGAAGCAACUACUACAGCUAAACCUACAACUACGGAAGCAACUACUUCAGCUAAACCUACCACCACGGACGAAAAUACUACAACCAAACCGGCAACCACGGAAGCAACUACUACAGCUAAACCUACAACUACGGAAGCAACUACUUCAGCUAAACCUACCACCACGGAAGCAACUACAGUUAAACUUACCACUACGGAAGCAACUACUACAGCAAAGCCUACCACCACGGACGAAAAUACUACAACUAAACCGGCAACUACGGGAGCAACUGCUUCAACUAAACCUACCACUACGGAAGCAACUACUACAGCUACACCUACCACUACGGAAGCAACUACUACAACUAAACCGGUCACCACUACGUCAGCCCCAUGUGCCCCGUGUAAUCUAAACCAGCGCACUCUCGAGAGGGGAUAUUGCACGAGUGAUGUGGUUAUCCACACAGUUAUUACCUCGCCUAUGCGUGUAACUCAUAGUCGCGCCGUCUACGAAGCCUCGAUCCUCUCGGUGUACAAAGCCUCUGAGCUCCUGCCUCGAACGGUUUUCAUCCGCGUACCGGGAGGGCGUUGCCCCUGCCCUCAUCUCCUCCCGGGUAAGGACUAUGUCAUCAUGGGUAAGAUAGCACGCAACAAAAAGGGAGAGGUCAGGGUGACACUAUCACAGAGGAGCUUUGCUAAGAGAUGGGAUAUACCAAUUGAGCUUGGCUUGGGAAGGAAUAAGCCGGAUUGUACAAAGAUCGAAAGACGACCGAAGACGACAGUCGCGCCGACAACGACCAACCAACCAACAACAGCACCAGCCACCCUCCUGGUAACCACGCCUUCUAGCACGACAGAGAAACCAAUAACCGAGUCGCCAGCCACGUGCCCGCCCUGCCUUGCGUCACGCCACAAGAACAAAGCCUACUGCUCAAACGACCAUGUUGUCCGAGUGGAGAUUGGUAAAGAGCACGUGACCGCUCAGGACAAGAAGGCCUUCCGCGCGUUUGUCAAGACCAUCUACAAGGGUCCCCUCGACCUGUCCGAGAUCAUCAUUCGUGUGUCCGGCUCAAAGUGCUCAUGUCCGGACUUCAAAGUCGGACAGGACUACAUCAUUAUGGGCUCCGCGCGUUUUGGCAAAAGGGGAGUCUACCGUUUAGUCAUGAAUAAGGACAGCUUGGCGGAGGAAUGGUAUUACGCAUUUAACAACGAGGUCUCCGCACUCAGGCAGUGUGACCUACCCGCGACAACGGUGCCUGUUGCUAUGACCACCGUGACGUCAGCUCCGGUUACCUUGACGCCGAAAUGCGGUGCCUGUCGAGAGUCUGAGAAUCCUGGGGCUCAUUUUUGCAUCAGUCAACAUGUCAUCCUAGCUCGUAUCACAAAGAUCCGUUCCAACAAACAACGCACUGUUUACUACGCCGACGUCCUCGCUGCUUACAAGGGUCGUCUGUCUGAGCCAGCGGAGAUGCUUAUACGAGUACCCGGUGGAAAGUGCCCGUGCCCUCCCCUGAGAGUCGGGGAAAACUAUGUACUUAUGGGGUCCAUGAGGACGACAAGUAAAGGCAAAACCAGGAUGAGACUCACCCCUAAGAACUUCGUUCGUGAAUGGUCCUUGGAAUUCAACAGUAAAGUGGAGGACUACAAAAGAAAAUGCGGUAUUCCUGUGCCUUUUGUACCGACACCAGCAAUCAACCGUCCAGCAUUCUGUAAGAAGUGUCAGCCGAGCAGUAUCCAAGACUUUUGCUUCAGUAAAAACGUGUUCCGUGUUCGGGUUGUAAAAGCCUCUCCUCAAGACAGCUCACUCUAUAAAGCUUUUGCCAUUACGUCAUACAAAGGCGACCUCGCAACCACCCCCUUACUUUCUUUGCGUGUGCCGUCUGGUCAGUGCGCAUGCCCAGAGCUGACCAGUGGCCGUGAUUACGUCAUCAUGGGUCAGAUCAAACGUUUGAAGGAGGAUAUUCCCAUUGUUAUCGUUAACAAGAGGAGCUAUGUGACGCUGUGGGACGCCAGUCUUGAGACGGUGAUGGGAGUGAUGAGGGAGAAGUGUGGAGCGGCCACUAACAUCCGGGAACUCGUGCUUCAUCCCACCUCUUUCAUAGAAUUUCCUGUCACCGAAAGAAAGAGCCUUUUAGAAACCUCCUCCAGCUCCGACAUGACAAAAGAACGACGGGAAUACGACAUUAUAGAGAUGGACAGCGGAUUCAAAAAGAAGUCCCUUAAGGGUCCGCACUCGACUCUCACGCCAAAAGGGGAAUGCCCACCGUGCGUCACCACCAGACGAAGAAAUCGGAUACUAUGCACCAGUGACUAUGUUCUGAAGGUUAAGAUCACGGGUCGAGACCACAACGCCACGAGUCACGUGACCCAGUACCACGCGUCUGUCAAGUUCGUGUUCAAACUACGCAUGCCCAUCAACUUGAAACUGCAUCUGUGGGUUUAUAACGAUACAUGCAACUGCCCUGAACUCCAAGUUGGGGAAUUGUACCUCAUCAUGGGAAAUAUCGUGCAUGAAGGGCGAGGGAGUAGCACACCUAGGCUUAUGUUGAGCAGAGACUCUUUCGUGCGGCGAUGGAAACAAGGCCUUAGAGCGAGAAUAGAGUCUUUGAAAAAAGCUUGUGCCAGCGAGGAAAGAUAAUCAUCAUGGGAAAUAAUCGCUGUAAAUAUUUCUUAGCGGGAAGCUACCGUUAACUCUUUGCGGACGGGACACUAUAGAACGCUAUUUAAAGACCUCGUUGCUCUUAUCAAAUACUGUAUUUGAACACUCUCGGCACUAAUUAAUACCAUUUUAAUCUAAGGAGCUCAAAAAAUUAAUCAUAAUUUAAUUUUUGAAGUGGUCUACAAAAUUUUUAUUUUUAUCAAAUCAUUUCAAGCGCCCAGGGACCAUUUUCUCGCCAAAACUAAGUGGGAAAGAAAACCUGCAAUUUUAACAAUACUCAGGCUGUACCAGAUAUUGAUUGGUCUGUGGAUAUAUUUUCCCUAGAAAAUAUUUGUGAGUUAAGAAUAUAAAUAUUAAAUACGACGCACGCUACCGUGGCUACCUAAACAGUUUAAAAGUACGACGCGCGCUACCGUGCCCACCUUGACAGUUUUGGGAAAAGACAAUAGAAAGCAACAUAAGCAACUCCAAUAGGGAGGAUGUGAUAUCUGAUCACUCAGCCAGCCUGGCAAAGAAAUGCUACACUGCGCAUUAAGGGAAUUCUUUUAGCAAUAAAGUUUGUGUCAAACAAAGCUUAUUCACGCAUGCCAAUGGGGACUUGUGCUGAGAGAUCGCGUGACCUAGUCACGUGAUCUCUCACCUUGUGGUCACGGUAGCGCGCGCCGAACUAAAGUGGUACGUUUUGUAAAUUUUUGUAAAUUAAUGUUAACAUUUAUAAUUAUUUUUUGUAAAUGAAUGUAUAAUCACUUAACAAAGAACAUAUAAUAGCUAGAACAGUCUUGAAAAAAAGUGAUGACAAAAGGGAGCGAGUUGCCUUCUAUCAUUGAAGCUGGUAGCGCGUUAUUAUCUAUAUAUUUUUCUAUUUUAAGGAUACAAUUUUAAGUUAAAGUCAUUCAAUUCCAGCACAAUAAUGAAAUUUAAAGCACAAAAGUAUAUUUUAGUUAUCAUUCACAUCAAAGUCCUAAAGAAGAAAGUUAUUUAAAAAGACACAACAAAAACAAUUCUUUUCCGUGACGUGGUCUUAUUCAUGCCUUCAAGGUAUUCUUGCAUCUUCAGUAGCACAUAGCAACAAAUAAAUGAAAUAGUUAUUUUGCAUGUUACUUUAUUAAAUACAGGUUUCUUUA